AUGGCCGAAAAUGUCAUCGCCAGCGACGACGAGCUCCUGAAAAAUAUUAAAACGCUCCUCUGGGGCUCGACCGUCAAGGAGGACGUUUUCAAGCGAUGGGCGCAAGGCUUUUACUUCAGCAUAGAUGAACCUACUGCGCUUGUACAGAGAGAAGGAGGGCCUUGCGCCGUGAUAGCCCCAGUUCAAGCAUUUAUUCUGAAGCAGUUACUGUUAGAAAGUGAUGUUAUAACUUGGAAGGCUAUUAAGACCGAAAAAUGUGAUCAGUUACUUGUGAAAGCCAUGACCGAAAUUAUAAACCAAGCCGCUGAUGUCCAGGACCCUAAAUAUUCGGUAGUACAUGCUAAUGACUCCAAUGAGUUUGUAUCUAGCAAGGAAGGCACCGAUUCUAAGUCGGCCGAGCUUACAGUAAAUUCAGUCCAAGAUACUAGCGAAGGUAAUCAAAUUAAUGAAACACAAGUCACAAAACAAGCAUCAUUAGAAUCAGAAGUUUUUCAUUCUCAAUUAAGGAUAUUUACUACAAGUAGUAUUGAUGAUGUAGAAGAUUUCUUUACGGAACGGAUUGGAAUGUUAAAAGAUCAGUAUGGUAUAUUACUGCUACUUUACACGGUAAUGUGUACAAAAGGAGUUUCGGGAAUAUGCUUUGAAAUGUCGGAUCCCACAGAGCCCAUGAUUGAUUCUACUUAUGGAUAUGGAAGCCAAAGUUUAAUCAAUUUAAUGCUUACUGGCCGAGCGGUUAGUCAUGUCUGGGAUCAUGACCAAGAUAUUGGUGGAUUAAAAUUACGCGGUAUAGAUAAACAGAAUACGGUGGGAUUCCUUGCUUUGUUAGAGCAUUUACGAUAUUGUGAAGUGGGAAUAUUUUUAAAAUCACCAUCGCAUCCUAUUUGGGUGGUGGGAUCGGAAACGCAUUUAACUGUACUCUUUUCUACGGAAAAGCGAUUAGUAAGUCCAGAGACACCGUCGGAGCAAGCGCGAAGAAUUUUCAAACGCUUUGAUCCGGAAGGAAAUAAUUUUAUCGCGGCAAAUUUGCUGCAGGAUGUAUUAGCGGAAUUAGGGCUUGUAGCUGAUGCGGAAUACGUCGAUAUCAUGAGGAAAAAACUGGAUGGUGAAAAUUUAGGGAUAAUACUUCUCGCAUCGUUUAUGGAUGAAUUCUUUCCUGAGGAACCAUGCAUGUGCCCAGAUACGUUCGUCUUAUACCAUUACAAUGGUCUACAGCGUAGCAAUCCAGAGAACAGAGUGAAAUAUCACAAAGGACAAGCGGUAUUACUCGAGUGCACUGUAAAAUGUAUCAUGGAUAGUAAUCCCAUGUUGACGGUCCUGCAAACAAAGUGGCCAAGAAUUGAAAUACAGUGGGACAUAGGACGAAAUCCUAGUUUAAAUUAGAAUUUAUAAACUGUAAUAUAUAUACAUACAAAAGAGCUGACGCAUAGAGUGACCUGACCGAGCGCUUCUAUAGGAUAUCUUUGAGAAGAUUAUCACUUUAAGAUCGUAGUCUAGUCAAAUCGGCCAUCUUCUGGUUCGCGUUGGUGAAUACCGCGAGGAUAUUGAGUAUACCUGCCAAUAAGGGAUAUUGUUUCCACGGAAAUAUAUGUAGUAUUCAUAAAUACAUGGUCAGUAAGAAUAUCCAAGGAUAUUUAUAUUUUAUGUCAAAGUAUUGCAUUACAUUGACAAUGUCAACGAGAUCAAGAGAAUUAAUUUUUAUUAAAUGUUUUUAUUGGAUAUAUUAUCAGAAGUGUAAUCUAAUUCUAAUAUUUCGCAAGAAUAAAAGAUAUCUUGAAGCAAAAUUCUCGGCACAAUAGAAUUUAACGAUGGUCGAUUGCAAAUAACUUAAAAUGACACAAGUCUAUCAAAAGAACUCCACUUAUUUGCGCAGUUUACUUCACGAUAUAGAUUGUCAUAUUCCGUUAUUUAUAAAAAAUAACAAACUCCACGAAUUAGAGUUCAGAUGAAAUUCAUUUUUUUAUUAUGCAGAUAAAAUAUACUAAAGUAUUACGAGACGUUAUUACUUCGAAACUUUCUGUGUACUAUUUCGCUAUUCUUGCCAUAGAAAUUUUUAUUUGAAUUAAAAUAAUAUGUUUCAAAAGUA